AUGGGGAGGAAGGCGGCUGAGAAGACGAAUCAGGUUGAGAGGAAGGCCGAGGACAAGGCUGAGGACAAGGCUGCUGAGGAAAGUGAGAAGACUACUGAAGAUGCCGCUGAGAAGGAUGAUACCGUUAAGCAGAUUCACGACAAGGACAUGUCAUGGGAUUAG